CUUUCGGAGGCUUUGGUUCACCGAGCCGGUUUCGUGUGGGUGGAGAGAAAGACUCGCCUUUCCUCGGAGUCCUCGAUUUGGAGCCCCAGGCUCAGGCGUGAAGGAGCGCCGGUCUCUGGCCAUGAUGAAGCGUGCCUCCCCCACCCCCUGGAAAAGAGCCCCCCAGGAGAAGUCUCCCGCCUGAGCCCUGCGCCAGAGCUCUAAGGAAGCCUUGACGCUGCUGGGUGAGGGGAGUCGGGGCAGCGGGACUCCCGUCCGUCCUGCCCAGGCCUGCAGGGGUGACCGCGGAAGACGUUGCCCAAAGACUCGGGCCUAGAGCUCAGCCUCAAGACUCCAGGAGGAUGGAGGAGGAGGAAGGACGAACCCAGUUUCAGGAACCGGUGACGUUCCGGGACGUGGCCGUGGACUUCUCCCGGGAGGAGUGGCAGCACCUGACGCCUGCCCAGAGGGGCCUGUACCGGGCCGUGAUGCUGGAGAACUACGAGCACCUGGUGUCCCUGGGCCUGAGUGUUCAUGUUUCCAAACUGGACUUGAUCUCCCUACUGGAGAGAGGAGGAUCUCUUUUAGGGCCUGCGGGAGGAGACCCUGACAACACCUGUCCAGAUUCCUUUAUCGAAGAAGCCAGAUUUAAAAGCAAAGAUUCAAGUCCGAUACAAGGCAUUUACAUGGGAGCGUCAUAUAAGAAAAGGAUGUCAAAAGAUAGUCCAUGGCAUUCCAGGAAAAGAGAAACUAGGAAAUUUGAAGUCAGUGUAGAAAAACAGAAAGAUAACUGGCAGAGACAAUCCAGACAAGUCACAACUUGUGGAAAAACUCAUAAUAAAAUGUAUUUUGGUCAUUCUAAUACAUUGGGGAGAAGUUUAAGUUUGGGGUCAGUCUUUGUUGCACCAAGGAGAGGGACUACAGGAAAAAGUCUCCAUAAAUAUAAGAAACUUGGAAAGAGCUCCAAGGGUUUUCCCAACCUACUUAUAUGGAAUAAAUUCUCCGUAGAGAAGAACCUCUCUAAGUAUACAAGGUAUAAGAAGCCCUUUAGUUACCACUCAGAUCUGAUUAAAUUUCAUAAAAUACAUGCUGGAGAAAGACUACACAAACACACUGAGGAUGGAGCAAUCUUUAGCAAAAGAUCAAAUCUAACUGAACAUAAAAUAAUUCAAAAUAGAAAGAAAUAUAAUUGUAAUAAAUAUGGGGAAACUUCUAGCAACAAUGGAGUCUUGAUGAAAUAUAAGAGAAUACAUACUAGCAGAAAACACUUUGAAUGUAAUGAAUGUGGCAAAGACUUUAGUCUGAUGUCAGAUCUCAUUAUACAUCAAAAAACUCACACUGCAAAGAAACUCUAUAAAUGCAAUGAAUGUGGAAAAUCCUUCAAUAUAAAGGAAAGACUUAAUAGACAUAAGAGAACUCAUGCUGGAGAGAAACCCUUUGAAUGUACUGAGUGUGGGAAGAUCUUCAGCCAGAGGGGACACCUUAUUAAUCAUCAAGGAAUCCAUAGUGGAGAGAAACGCUUUGCAUGUAAGGAAUGUGGAAAAAGCUUCAGUCAGAAGGGACAUCUUGUUAAUCAUUUAGGAGUUCAUACUGGAGAGAAACCUUUUAAAUGUAAUGAAUGUAGAAAAGAGUUUAGCCGGAGGGGAAACCUUAUUGUUCAUCAAAGAACUCAUACUGGAGAGAAACCCUUUGAAUGUAAGGAAUGUGGGAAAGCCUUCAGUGAAAGGGGAAACCUCAUUACCCAUCAGAGAACUCAUACUGGAGAGAAACCAUUUGAGUGCAAUGAAUGUGGCAAAGCUUUUAGAGAUAGGGGAAGCCUUAAUAGACAUCAGAGAACUCAUACAGGAGAGAAACCUUUUGAAUGUAAUGAAUGUGGGAAAACCUUCAGGCAUCGAGGAUCUCUUAUUGAUCAUCAGAGGAAUCAUACUGGAGAGAAACCCUUUAAGUGCUAUGACUGUGGAAAAGCCUUUAGCCGAAGGGGAAUCCUCAUUCAUCAUCAGAGAACUCAUAAUGGAAAGAAACCUUUCAGAGGCAGUGGAUAUGGGAAAACGUUUAGGGAUCAGGGAAACCAUAACAGGCAUCAGAUAAUCAAUGCUGAAGAGAAACCUUUUGAAUGUGAUGAAUGUGGGAAGGCCUUUAGCCAGAGAGGUCUACUCAUUCAUCAUGAGAGAACUCACACUGGAGAGAAACCUUUUGAAUGUAAUGAAUGUGAGAAAGCCUUCAGUAGCAGGGGAAGCCUUAAUAGACAUCUGAGAAUUCAUACUGGAGAGAAACCCUAUGAAUGUAAUGAAUGUGGGAAAGGCUUCAGCCAGAAGGGACACCUUAUUUAUCAUCAAGGGAUUCAUACUGGAGAUAAACCCUUUAAGUGUAGUGAAUGUGGAAAAGGCUUUAGUUGGAGGGCAAGCCUCAUUACCCAUCAGAGAACUCAUACUGGAGAGAAACCUUUUGAAUGAAAUGAAUGUCGGAAAGGCUUUCCUGAGAGGGGAAACCUUAUUACUCAUCAAAGAACUCAUACUGGAGAGAAAUCUUUUGAAUGUAAUGAAUGUGGGAAGGCUUUUACCCAAAGGGCAAGCCUUAUUACCCAUCAGAAAACUCAUACUGGGUAAAGUCCUUUGAAUAUAUGAAUGCCUUCAAUGGCAGGAAAAACGCAAACUAUCAGUUAUCAUACUAAAAAGAAGCACUUUGAAUAUAAUUAAUAUAAGAAGCUUUAUUAAGAUAGUCUUUGGAGGACUAUCAAAGGACAUCAUGAAAACAUACUGGAAUAAAACUUUUCUCAUGUAAUAAAUAUAGGAAAGGUGUUUUUUUUAAAUGGAAAACCCUCAAAAGACAAAAGAAUUCAUACUGGGAGACAAGACCUCUGGAUCUUACAAUGUGGGAAAACUUCCUAGAGGGAACAGCUUAUUGAACAUCGGAAACUCUUUACAUGUAAUUAAUGUGAAAAAGGCUUCAAUAAGAUGUCAAAAAUUAUUACCCCUAAGAGAACCCAUCCUGGAGAGAAACUCUUACAUGUUAUAUAUGGGAAGGAAUCCAUUCAAGGGGCAAAGCUUAUUUUCCAUCAGAGAAUGCAUGGGGAGGGGGAAUCUUUGACUAUAAUGAUUGAGAACAUCUUAAAACAGAGUUAUGCCUUAUUAGACAUCAGGAAAUUCAUAAUGGAGCAAACUAAUAUAAUAUGAGAAAAGAAAAGUUGUAGUUAGAAGAUGACAUGCCUUUUUUUUUUUAAAAGCAUUUUUAUUAUCUUUGGGUUUUCUGCAUUUCUCAAUGUAAGCACUUCUCCUGACCACCUCCCAGAAAGCUAUCAGCUAUAGAAAAGAAAAAAUGAUUCAGUAAAAUGAAACAAUACACCAAACAAAUCUGACAUUACAUGCAGCAUUCCAUAAUCACAAUUACCCAUCUUGAUCAAGAAUCGGUUACCUUCUUGUAUUUCCAUUUUUCAGCCAAGCAUGGUCAUAAUUUCAUAGCAUUUAGUUUUUGUUGUCAUUCUUUCCAUUUCCAUUAUUGUAGUCAUUGUGUAUAUUGUUUUCCUGGCUUCACUUCACCUUGCAUCAGUUCUUGACUAUCAUCCUAUAUGUUUCUUAUAUUCAUCAUUUCUUCCAGCCCCUUCAUAUUCUGUGACACUCGUGCGCCAUAACCUCCUUAGCCAUCCUCCUAUCAGUGGUUAUCUGCUUUGUUUCCAGUUGUUUGCUAUCUCAAGAAGACAUGCCUUAUUUUCUACCAGCAACUUAAACUAGAGAGAAACCUUUUUCUUUUAAUGAACACAAGAAAGACCUUAGCUGAGAACACUUCUUAUUAUCCAUCAGAGAAUUCCUACUAGAAUAAAAUCAAAGCUUUGCCUGCAAUGAAUGUGAGACCAUUCAGUGUGAGCAGAUUCCUCAUAUUCUACCAUUCAUACUAGGGAUGGAGAAGGGAAGAAGCGUUAUUAUUAAGUGCCUACUAUGUGUCAGGAACUGUUUGACAAACACUUUUACAAAUAUUUGAUUUACAUUUUUGUUGAGUCAUUUCAGUCAGAUUUGACUCUUUGUGAUCCCAUUUGGGGUUUUCUUGGCAAAGAUACUGGAGUGGUUUGCCAUUUCCUUCUCCAGCUCAUUUUACAGAUGAAAUGAAAGAAAUGGGUUAAAAUGACUUCCCCGGGGUCACACUGCUAGUGUCUGAGACCAGAUUUGAAUUCAUAAAUAUGAGAAAUCCCUGAAAUAAAUACAUAAAUCCUUUAAAUAAUGAAUGCAAAAGGCUUCAGCCAGAGGACAAACCUUAUUCUUCAUCAGAGAUUUCAUACUGGAGAGAAAUCUUUUGAAUGUGGUAGAACCUUCAAUAAGAGGGGAUACCUGAGGGAUGCUUGAAUAGUAUCAGAGAAUUCAUAUUGGAAUGAAAUUCGUUGAAAGCAUUUCAUGUGGGAAAGACUUCUGUGAACUGUGUUGGAAUAUGUUGAAUACAAUACCAUCAUCUGGAACUGGAACCAGGUGUUACCAAGUGAAUGCCUGUUGAAUAGGAAAUUGGUAAACAAAUUGUGACACCUGAAUAUAAUGGAAUGUUUUUGUGCCGUGAGGAUGAUGGAUCUGAAGAAUUCAAAGGAAUGUAGAAAGCCUUGUAUGAAUUGAUAGGAAGUAAAGGAAGAAGAACUAGGAAUCCAGUGUCCACAAGGGCUACAGGUAAAUGGAAAGAAUAAAAACCAAACUGAAUGCCAUGGAAUUAUAGUAACCCAGUAUAACUGGAGAAUGAGAAAAGACAUUGCCUUCCUUUAUUUGCAGAGGUCGUAUAUUAUGAAUGUUAGCUUUUACUGUCAGACUUCGUUUAUUGUGUUGGAUAGCCUUGCUGAAGUACUCUUAUGUUUAGUGAUGGACUAGAGAUCCAGUCAGUAUGAAUUUUUUUUUUUAACUAUACCUGUUUGUUUUAAGGGAGGGCUUUUAUUUGCAAAGGUGGGAAGGAAUGGGGGGGUAGAGAUAGUGACACACAAAAAAAGGAAGAAAGGAGCAUCAAUCAAAUAUUUUUAAAUAUCCUCAACAAGUUUUGUGUGAAAAUACAUGUAUGUAACAGAUCGAAUUGCUUGUCAGCUCUAGAAGGGGGGAGGGAGAAAGGUAAGGAGACAAUAUGGUCAUAUAACUUUGGAAAACUUAGGUGGAAAUUUGUUAUUAAAAUAAAUAUCGUCAACAAGGCAACAGGAAGUUCAGAAAGGGACAGAAUCAGGGUAAAAUAUUUUGUAUGAGUGCAAUGAACUUAAUAUAUACUUUUUUUUUAAAGCAACUUAAUAUAUUCUAGAGAUUGACAAUGUUGUGUACAGUUCUCUUCUUUGUAUGUAAAAUGUUUGUGUUAGUGUUUUAAAAAUUAAUAAUAAAUCAAGAAAAUUGUA